GUCAUUGUCUUCCAGACGUUUGGAUAUAAUCCGAAAUGUCUCAGUCGGGAGAAGGCAGCGUGUGGUACCAGAGGGAGAUCGCUAUUUCUGCCAAGAAGCGAGGAUGUCACCUCAUCACGGACGAUGUCCUCCAUCAAGUGCCGGAAAUACAGAAGAUCAAGAUCGGAACCGCCAAUGUCCACAUUAAACAUACUUCAGCAAGCUUGUGUCUAAAUGAGAACUGGGACCCAGAUGUCAGGGUGGACAUGGAGAUGAUGAUGAAUAAACUGAUUCCUGAGAGUACUCCUUUUAAACACAGCUGUGAGGGCCCAGAUGAUAUGCCAGCCCAUGUGAAGGCGGCCUUCAUUGGGACAGGGGUCACUAUUCCCAUCAGUAACGGAAAGUUCAACCUGGGAACCUGGCAAGGACUGUGGCUGUGUGAACACAGGAACUCUGCAGGUCAGUGAGGGUCAGCUAGUGAACACAGGAACUCUGCAGGAAAGAGAACUCUUGUUGUGACAGUGAAUGGUUGUCCUCUGCGAUGAUCUGCCAUCAAAUGCUGCUGAUAUUUAUAGCUACCGUGGUAUCAGUGUGGUUGGACACAGACAGACUUUUUGUAAGGAGUGUUGACACAGGAUCUGUGAUAUUGUUAUUGUUCAAUGUUUGUGGUAUCAGGACGGAGUUGAAUAUAAAAUCUAUAUCUCAGGUUUUAGUUCUUUAAAGCACAGUUAAAUAGUUGAUAGUAUUAUCUGCCUAAUCUAAGAGUUUAGCACACAAAAAAUCUCAAUACCAGUAAAUAUUUUUGUUUUGUUGUAUUGACUGAGUGUACAAUAAAAUAGUACGUUGAAGGAA